AAAAAGGGGCAAAUGGGAUCAACAGACGCCAGAGAAGUUGGACCUUAUGAAUCCCUGAAUGCAGCUACUGGGCGCCAAGCCGAACGCGCGGCCCCACUCGGCCAGCCCCCCCCCGGUUCUCGUCCACCGCCGAACCGAGCUCCCUUCUUUCUGCUGAAAAAGUGAAGUCUGGAACUUCUUCUUCCCUUCCUUCCACCGACAUUCCCCGUUUCCUGCUCAACAGUCCGCAAUUGGGGACUGCAGCAGCUGGCCGCCAUCAUGUCGAAGCCACAGAGCACCAACGGCAGCGAGUCCGAGUUCGAGUUUGUCGAGACUCCCAAAGCUCCCACGCCGACCUUCGAGAAGGUUGAGGAUUGCGGCGUUCGCACCACGUCGCUCUCGACCAUCAAGAAUGCCCCGUUGCCCGCCGAGGGCUCUGGCACCGAGAGCUUCUCCAACCUCCUACUCUUCUCCAUCCUCGGCGGUGUGCCGCUUUACCUGUCAUGGAAGGUCGGCGGUGGCCUGAAGACGACGCUCUUCAUGGCCCUCUUCACCACCCUCCCCCUGCUCGGCGCCUUCUGGCUUAUUGCGUCGACCAUGUCGCCGCGUAAGAACGAGAAGGCCCGGCUCCCCGGCCGCCCCGUCGAGCACUACCUCACCUUCAAGAAUGCCGCCGACAAGGCCAAGUACAAUGGCCGCAACAAGAUCCCCAUGGAGACCUUCCACGAGAUGUACUUUGACGGUGAUGUCGAUUUCAACGGCGACGCCCUCGAGGUCCUCGAGUACCGCCACGACUGGGCCAACUUCCGUUUCACCUGGGGCCUGAUCAAGUACUUCCUGACCGGCAUGAUGCCCGAGGUUAUCAUGCACACCCGGUCCCAGGAUGAGGAGCAGGUUCGCGGCCACUACGACCGCGGUGACGACUUCUACGCCUGGUUCCUUGGCCCGCGUAUGAUCUACACCUCGGGCGUUAUCAGCGACUUGAACCGGGAGGAGACCCUGGAGGAGCUCCAGGAUAACAAGCUCGCCGGUGUUUGCGAAAAGAUCGCCCUCAAGAAGGACGAGACGAUGCUUGAUAUCGGCUGUGGCUGGGGCACUCUGGCCCGCUUUGCCAGCGUCAACUAUGGUGCCAAGGUUACCGGUGUCACUCUCGGCCGCAACCAGACCGCCUGGGGCAACGGCGCCAUGCGCAAGGUUGGAGUCCCCGAGGACCAGAGCAAGAUUCUGUGCAUGGACUACCGCGACAUCCCCGUGCCCGAGGGUGGCUACAAGAAGAUUACCUGCCUCGAGAUGGCUGAGCACGUCGGUGUCCGCCACUUCCACGGUUUCUGCAAGCAGGUCUAUGACAUGAUGGAUGACGAUGGUGUCUUCUUCCUCCAGAUCGCCGGUCUGCGCAAGGCUUGGCAGUACGAGGAUCUGACCUGGGGUCUCUUCAUGAACAAGUACGUCUUCCCCGGCGCCGACGCUUCGACUCCCCUCGGCUGGUUCGUCGACAAGUUGGAGGGCGCCGGAUUCGAGGUCAAGGGCAUUGAUACCAUUGGUGUACACUACUCGGCCACCCUCUGGCGGUGGUACCGUAACUGGAUGGCCAACAAGGAUAAGGUCGAGGCCAAGUACGGCAAGAGAUGGUUCCGCAUCUGGGAGUUCUUCCUUGCCUACUCGACCAUCAUUUCCCGCCAGGGCAGUGCCACUUGCUACCAGAUUGUUCUCCACAAGAACAUCAACGCGUUCCACCGUGUCGAGGGUAUCCCGACCCAGUAUGGUCUCAGUGGCUCCACCGGUGCCAUUAAGGCUGAUCUGAAGGCUUGGGCCGAGGCCAACGCUACCGACUUCCCCAGCGUCCCCGUUCAGUAAAUCUGUUCGCGACAAACGAGGAUUCCAGCCAAGGGGCCCGGCCUUGCUACCGAGAAGCUUCUGGUUUGGAAAAAAUAAAUGAAUGAGGGGUGUGGUUCCCAGCUGGGAGGCCAGAGAUGGUGCGGUGCCCUCGAAAAACGUCUGUCUGUUGAAUUGGACAGCACGGUUGCCGCGAUAUGGAUCAAAAGUUGGGCCCUCCGGUGGAGGCGUUGUAUGCUGUGUAUUCGAAAAACAAAUCAUGAGCUUGAUUAGAUGAAAUAGAGCUUAGUAAUGACGCUGUUGAGUCAGCGAGAUACCCAGUAU